AUGAUAUUUCUGAAGUAUAUAGUUUACCCAGGAUUCAUGAAUGCAUUAAUGGUCAAAAGCCUUUAAGAGUCAUGAUUGAUAUAGAUAUCUCGCAGGUAGAUAUGGAAACAUCUGGUAUUAAGGCACAAGAAAAAAACAUUCUCAAUGGGUUAGUUAUUGCUACAUCUUCAGAUUCUAGCAAGUGUAGUUACCAUAUUUUAUACACACCGGCUCUUCUUACUGAUCAUUACAAACUCAAAGCAUUUACUAAAUUAGUAUAUACCAUAACCGGUGAAAAAUUUGAAAAGUUAUAUAAAUUAAUUCAAGAAGCAAAGCGUAUUAUUGUUAUGGAUAAUGACCUAACUAACCUCAACAUUAAAUGGAUUAAGGCCCUUCAUAAGAAUAUACCUCUCUCUAUUAUCCAUAAUACUUACCAGCCUCAGAAAGGUAAGACAUUCUGCUUGGCUUCUAAUAAAGAAAUUGUAUUAACCGAACUUUGGAAUUGGGCUAAGCAAAUGUCUUUAUUAUUUUUUGAGAAUCGAACCAGUGCAUCACUCAUCUGCCACCUCAGAAAGGAUAUGCAAGGAAUUAUUCAUGCACUUAAGACUGAUUUUCCAGAAUUACAGAUCAAGGAAUAUCAUGGCAAAUCUGAUCCAGUAGAAAAGGCUACUGACUUCAAAAAGGGAUUAUUUCAAAAGUUACUGAAUGCCAAACACAAAUGUCUCCCCUGUGAACUUCAGAAUAGAGGAAUUUUUCCAGAUAUAGAUUCUAUUAUCUGGAAUAAAGACAUGCCAACUAUUCAAUUGUGGGUGAAUUCUGUUACUGUUAAAGCGAAGGAGAUAUCAGCAAUAACUAAUGCUACUAUUGUUAAUUGUAAGACUGCUGAAUUUUUGAAAAACAAGCUGAAGAAGGCUUUAGAAGAGAUACGCUCUUUAGACUGA